AUGUCUUCAUAUGCUAAAUUUUUAAAAGAAAUUUUGUCAAGUAAAAGGAAAUUGGAAGAAGUUUUUGUGGUAAUGCUUACUGAAAAAUGCAGUGCUAUACUUCAAAAUAAACUACCACAAAAACUUGGUGAUCCUGGCAGUAUUACCAUUCCAUGCACUCUAGGAGGAGUAUAUUUUGAAAAAGCACUUUGUGAUUCUGGAGCUUCAAUAAAUUUGAUACCAUUUUCUAUCUUUAGAAAAUUGGAUCUUGGUGAAAUGAAGGACAUAUGUGUUUGUCUUCAGUUUGCAGAUCAAAGUACUAAGAAACCUAAGGAAAUAAUUGAAAAUGUGCUUGUAAGAGUAGAUAAGUUUUUGUUCCCUGUAAAUUUUAUAGUGCUUGAAAUGAAAGAAUGUCCUGAUGAACCAAUAAUUUUGGGUAGACCAUUUCUUGCUACAGGAAGAGCAAUCAUAGAUGUUCAUCAAGGGCAACUAAUCUUGAGAGUUGAUGAAGAAAGAACCAUUUUUGAUAUGCAAAAGAUACUAAGAUUUUCAGGAGAUGAGGCAUCAUCUUCAUGCUUUUCUAUUGACAUGAUUAGUGAUCUUGCAGAUGAAUUCAAAGAUGAUCAAUUAAUUUCAGACUCAAUGGAAAGAUGUUUGACCAAAUCAGGCACCGCACAAGAUGAUGAUCCCAUAAUUAGGAGAGAAGCUGAAAUACUGGAAAAGGAUUCUAAGGAUAAGGAGAUGCAAUCAGAAGAAGUUCAACCAAAACUUUAA